GCAGCAGUGCCUAAAUCUACACACAGCAUUGCCCACUUCCCUCUGCCCACAGCAGCUCCUACCCAAGGCAGGCACGGCCUGAAACAGUGGAUCAUCUUCUUCACUGACACUGCAAGUCGGGGAACCCAGCUGCACCCACCAGGAAAUGCUGCUCCCUCGCUCUUGGAUACACUUUUAACAAAGAGAUAAGGGGACGUUCCUAAAGCCUGGAGCCUGUUUAACCACUGAAAUGCUCCAAGAGAAGAGCUUGUCAGAAAGUGAGGACGGGUUUCCAACAACCCAAACAGCUGGACAUGCAGAGGCUGCUGCAGGAUCACCAACACUGGGAGUAGCAGGUCUGAGCACCUCUUUGAGCAGCCCACAAAGUCAGGAUGCAGAGCAGACAAUAGAGAACAUCAAGGUGUAUCUCCAUGAGAAGGAGCUUUGGAAGAAAUUUCAUGAAGCAGGCACUGAGAUGAUAAUAACCAAGGCUGGCAGGCGAAUGUUUCCAAGCUACAAAGUUAAAGUGACUGGAAUGAACCCUAAGACAAAAUAUAUCCUCCUCAUUGAUAUUGUCCCAGCUGAUGACCAUCGCUACAAGUUUUGUGACAACAAAUGGAUGGUGGCUGGCAAAGCCGAACCCGCAAUGCCUGGUCGUUUGUAUGUACAUCCAGAUUCCCCCGCAACUGGAGCACACUGGAUGCGGCAACUGGUCUCAUUUCAGAAACUAAAGUUGACAAACAAUCACCUUGAUCCUUUUGGACAUAUUAUUUUGAAUUCAAUGCACAAAUACCAACCAAGGUUACAUAUUGUUAAAGCGGAUGAAAAUAACGCAUUUGGUUCUAAGAACACAGCUUUCUGUACACAUGUCUUUUCAGAGACAUCAUUCAUAUCCGUGACCUCUUACCAGAAUCACAAGAUAACACAACUGAAAAUUGAGAAUAAUCCUUUUGCUAAAGGCUUUAGAGGGAGUGAUGACAGUGACCUCCGUGUAGCGCGUCUGCAAAGCAAAGAAUAUCCUGUGAUUUCUAAAAGCAUCAUGAGGCAAAGACUGAUAUCAAGUCACCCAGGACAGUUAUCGGGCAAAUCAGAUCUUGGUUCACUUCAUGGAAGUCACCAAGGCCUGCAGCAUUAUCAGUAUGAGAAUGGAGCACACAUGCAGUUUGCCCCAUCUGACGCCCAGGACUUGCCACUCAAUACCUUCACUGCACAGAGGGACUCUGGCUUGUUUUAUCACUGUUUAAAAAGAAGAGAAGGGGCUCGCCAUCUUGACCUACCUUGCAAGAGAUCUUAUCUGGAUCCCUCAUCAUCUAUGGCAGAUGAUCACUAUUUCCGAUCUCCUCCGCCAUAUGACCAGCAAAUGUUGAGCCCAACAUAUCGCAAUGACGUUACACCAAGGGAACCGUGUAUGUACUCUACUUCAGGAGCUGAAAUAGCUGGAGUAUCAGGGGUAGAAGAUUUACCUCCUCCACCUCCACCUUUAAGCUGUAACAUGUGGACUUCUGUUUCUCCGUACACUAGCUACAGUGUUCAGACAAUGGAAACUGUGCCAUAUCAGCCUUUCCCCACUCAUUUUACCACCACCACAAUGAUGCCUCGUCUGCCUGCCAUUGCAGGGCAAGGUUCUCAGCCUCCAGGAGAAUCCCACUUCAGUGUCUACAAUCAGCUUUCUCAGUCACAGGUUCGGGAGAGAGUCCCUUCAUCAUCAUUUCCUAGAGAAAGGGUACAUCCAUCCCUCUGUGAACGAAAACCCCCAUCACCUCAUAUUAACACAGCCAAUGAAUUUCUGUAUUCACAAAGCUUUUCCUUAUCCAGAGAAUCCUCCCUACAGUAUCAUUCAGGCAUGGGGACUGUUGAUAACUGGACUGAUGGAUGACUGCUGCUACCAUGGACACCACAUAUGAGUUAUUCUUCUAUGACCCAAACAAUCUGAUAUCUUUCGUUAAUACCUGUUGGUAUCCUGCACUCCAGAAAGCCUUUUUUAUCUGAGAUUGCUUGAUAUAGAGGAUAUAGAAAUAUUAUCACUAUAGACUUCUUAAAAUCAACCUAUACAGAUGACCUGUGUCUUCUAUAUUUCAAAUACUGGGAAAACUGAACCAUUGGAAAAGUAGGACAUGCAUCAAAAUAUUUCUCAAAUGAAAUACAAAAAAAGUGGAAAAUCACUAAAUUUUGCAUGCUGAAUAGCUAUUUAUACAGUACAUAUAUAUGUAUAUAUAUAUAUAUAUAAAUAUAUAUAUAUAUCCAAAUGCAAGCCACAUGUUUCAAUGAAGCUUUGCUUUAACAGGUGAAAUGCUUAAUAAAAACAAAUGUUACCAGGGUUUUGAAAGACGUCUAUUUAAGUUUGUUUUUAAUUAAAUGUGUUGUUUUAAAAACUAAGAAAAAUAGCUUUUAUAUGCAAGAGAGUAUAUUUUCUUAGAAAUCUUCUUAGAUCCAAGUAAUGUGGAAAUUUCCUGGUUUCCCUAUUAAGUAGCAUGGUAAUUUUAUUUACAGUACAUAUCAGAACAUAAAAGCCAUUUUGCUUGUAAUCCAAAAUUUCUGUUGCUUUUCAGUAAUCUUUAUUAAUUUGUGCAGUUAUAAAUAUUAUAUGCUGACAGUGACUCAAGAUUUCAUCAUCCCAUCCCUCACUGCUCUUCAAUAAAUCUCAGACUUUCCCAGGAAGAUAUUCAUAAUGUCAGACAUUUUCCCAGCCUAAGAAACAUUCAACCCAUGUUGUGAUUUGGUGAUAUGUGCGGCAUUAAUAAUUGAUUUGUCUGUUACAGCAUUUAAGAUAAGAAUUGUGGAUAUUCAUAUUGACUUUAUGAAUAUUCUAAUAUUCUAAUUCUUUAAACAUUCUAAUGGUAAAGGCUAAAGAUUUGUUCUAGCUCUGGCAGCUUCAGAAUCAAGUGAUGGCAAUAAAUAAAAUAAUACAGUACAACAAAAGUUGCUAGAAAAUACUUUAGAGAGUUGUCAUUAAAAUAAAAGCUUUUAAUCUUGUGUGAAUUUAGGAUGUAUUGUUGAGAAAAUAUCUACAUACAUAUAUUCACAAACUGUUACUAAGCUGGGAAAAAAGGUUUUCCUCCUCAAACUGAAUCUGGUCCCAUAAGUUUUCACGUGAUAAACCAUAAAAUAACUUUUUCUCAUGGGAUUCGUGGAAUCUGGCCCAAUGUAUCCUGCAGGGAUAAUGUGGGAAUAGGACUUGCAUAUGUUUAUUAAAUGUUUAUUAAACAAGUUUUAGGAUAGGCCGGUAAAACUUCCUUGACUUCCUAACUUAUUUUGUACUAAAUAAAAUUCUGUAACAGGCAUAUAUAAUUAUUUGUAUUUUAAUGCCUUACUCUGUGACGCAUAUAUAUGUCAGACACAGAAAUCUUGUAAAUGUAAGAUUAAACACAAGUCAAAAAAAUAGACAUCGCACCCAUGGCCUAAUGGG